CUCGACAGGCUCAGGUGUCAUAUUAUUAUACACUGCCAGUGGUGUGUGUGUUUACUUAUACCGGUCCGGUUAAACGCAUGUAUUUCGUGUGUCCGAUAAACGUGCCGUGGUCGCCGGGAAAAUAGUUUUUUUAUUUGAUUUUUAUUAAAAAAAUCAAGAAAUCUUUUUUUUUUUCCGGUCGCGUCUCCUCAAUUAUUUAAUAUAUAAUAGUCUGCGUUUCUACAGGACCUAAGACGUUUCUAGAACUCACACACACACACACAUAAUAUUAACUACACUAGCUGGUGAUCUAUCGUUUUCGUUGAUAAUUAGCUAUUAGGUAUGUGAGCGAAGCCAAUAGCUGCAAAAAAAAACAGCUUUAUACACAAGACAAGACAGCUGGGCAAGACAAGACAGGGUGAACGUACAUCGGUCGUCGACCCCGGGACGUGAUCUUUUCCAGGAACCCCGUCUCAUGUUUUUCGGUAGGUGUAAUGAAGUACGGCGUAUGUCUGAAGGAGGACUCAUCAUGUCUUCGUGGACGGCCUCCACCAGCCGGACGGUGCCGAGACGCAAGUUCAGCAUUCCCGUGGCCCUGUCGUCGGCCGUCAGCCACCAGCUGUCGGCGAACACGGUGGACGGGACGUCCUCGCUGGCCGUGGCCACCGCUCGCCGUCGGCUCAGCAACGUCAGCGACGUGGUGUCCAGAAAGUUGUCGCACACGAUCGGCUGGCGGACCGCGGUGCCCGCCGAGCAGAUAGCGUGCCAGGGCAAGGCGCUGUGCAGCCAGUACGUCCGGUGGAAGCUGAAGCGGGCCGGGGCGUUCACCAAGAAGUGCGGGCUACUUCGGAUGCGUAGCAUCAACAGUCUGCCACAAAGCGCGGGCGUCCGGGACGUGUUCCCGGCCGUGCUCACUGUCGGCCAGGAACUGGAGCGGCUGCAUCCCAAACUGUACACGGCCGGGCCCACGAGGCAAGCUAGGAGCGCGGCCGCCGUGCUGGUAUCCGUGUCCCGGGAACUGUUCCGGCCCGGCACGCAGAUCACCUGGGCCAAGGUCGUGUCGCUCAUGUGUGUGGCCGCCGGACUGGCCGUCGACACCGUGCGACAGGGCCACGCGGAGCAGUUGUCCGACAUCAUCGAGGCGGUCGGCGAAGUCAUCGAGGACGACCUGGCCGCUUGGAUUCAUUACAACGGCGGAUGGAUUGGAUUACAAACGUACUGUAGGCCGGCCAACGUCGAAAACUCUGUUUCCUCAUCAAUACUGAGUCUAGCGACAUUGCUCAUAGUUUUAAUCCUAUUUUUGUUGCUGCUAAGAUGGCUCAAGAACGUAGCACUUUUUCGGUGACAGCCCCAACCGGCCACGUUUAAACAAUACAAUAUUAUAUUAUUUAAUUAAAGCAAUCGGUACCUACCUAGGCCUAUGCGAAAUUGAGUUGUAUACAACAGAUGGCAUCCCAUUGUAUUUCAUCGGUGUUCAAGCACAACCCCCCCCCCCACCCCACACAUAUUGUUGUAUAAAUAAUAAUCCAGUGAUAUCCUUAAAAAUAUAGCGUAUCAAUGGAAAUGUGACACGAUAUAUUAUAGUACCUAUAGUUACUAUUUUUUACUAAUAAAAUCAUAAAUUUGAUUGCGUUGUAUGUUAUGUUGUACAUUAAUUACCCCGUAAUAUUUUAAUUAUGUUAAAUAAUACUUGCGUUUGUACAGAGCGAACGGUAUGUGUAUUUGUGUACAAUUUUAUUUAUUUCCAUUAAAUAAUAAAACGUUCUAGUUGUUAUA